AUGUCAUCUUCAAGCUUUGACAAGGAUAUGUAUAAUACACUACACGAAACAUUUGCUGAUUACAUCUCCGUGGUUACACAGAUUUACAGACUAAACAUUUUCACUCCAAUUUAUAAAGAUGACGUUUCGACAUUAGCAAAAACCAUCAUUUAUCUUGUACGCAAGUAUCAAAUACCAUGUAUUUCAUUCUUUCAGAUGAUAGACAAAGCAUGUUCGUUCAAUAGAAAGUACACACGUGUUUAUUGGAACUUGUUUAUGAAAUUAAUGGACGAAUUCAAGUACGACAAGUUCGAAAAUUUCGAUUUCUCACCUCUAUUCUCUGCAUUCAUUAAAUACCAAUACAAUCAAGUUACAGCUAAGUUCUCUCACGAAAUACAAAACGAUGACGAAUUCAAUCGCUUGAUGGAAGUCUUCAAACCAGACACUCUUAUGCAUGCUAUACUGUAUGAUGAUGUAGAAGAGUUUAAGAAGCACGUUGACUAUAAUUAUCUUCAAAAAUUUGAUUAUGAUCUUGAAGAUAAACUCAGACUACCAUGGUUCAUUCCAUUCAACUCUAAUUCGAUUUCUGAUUGGGUCUGUCAACUCGGUGCCAAGAAUUGCUUCGAUUUUUGCGUUGAAAAAGGAUUGACAAUUACAAAAGACCAUCUUAACUUAGCAUUUCUUGGUGGGAAUCGCUUCAUCAUCGAUAAGAUCAUCGAAACGAUCGGAUUGACCAAUCUCAAAGACUUUCCGAUUAAAAACGUAAUUAUUAACCACGAUCACGGCUAUGAAAUGAAGUUUUGGAAUCCUUUCAAGAUCAGUUUCGAAGAGAUAUCAGAACACCACGAUCUCCUUCUUUACAUCUACAAAUUAUGUGAAACAAAGAAUUUCAAUUCUGCACUUUUGUAUUGUGUUCCAUUUGGCAUUUUACCAUUUGUCAACUAUCUCCUUGAUAACGGUGCCGAUGCCAAAUCAAGCGCAGGAGCAACAGCGCUCUACAUUUGCUGCAAGAAACAAAAUGUUGAAAUGUUGUCACUUUUGGUUUCAAAAGGUGCCAAUUAUGGUGUUGUUACAGUAUGUAAUUUGAGCGAAGCAGAGAUUGCAAGGAAAACCCAUGACAUUGAUUUCAGGAACUUCAUGCUUUUGGGCGGUGAAUCUUUACUUGAUUAUUGCGCUUGUUUCGAUUCAAUUGAUUGUUUCAAACUUUUGUCACGCAAAUUAGAUUUACAUGGCAAAAAUUCAAAAGGCAAACAAACGAUUCAUAUUGCAUGCAAAUACAACAGUGAUCAAAUUGUUCGCAGCUUAUUGGAAAAGAAAAUUAAUGUUAAUUCUUUGAACAAAGGCAAAAACACUCCUCUUCACAUUUGCGCUCGUUACAAUUCUUUUGAUGUUUGCAAAGUUCUUUUCGAAUACAAAGCUGACGUCAAAAUUGUUAAUUCAAAGGGAAUGACAGCAUUACAUAAAACCGUUAAAAACGAAGCUGUUGAUGUAGCAAGUUUAUUAUUGCAGAAAGGUUUAAAUCCAAAUACAAAGGAUUCAAAUAAUUUGACUAGUUUACAACACGCUGUGAUUAAAAAUCGCGAGAAAAUUUGUUUAUUGUUUUUGACUCGAGGAGGCAAUAGAAAUACGAAGGAUGAUGAAGGAAAAUCGUUAUUGCAUUUGGCUGUUAAGCAUGAUUCACAAGAUGUCGGAUUGAUGCUAAUUGAAGAAGGAUUAGAUAUAAAUGUUAAAGACAACAAAGGAAUAACAUCAUUGAUGUAUUGUGCAGAAGUUGGAAAUACAUCAAUGGCCAAAUUACUUCUUUCUAAAGGUGCAGAUGUCAAUUCAUUGAACAAAGAAAAUCAAAAUGUUUUACACAUGUGUUGUAUUUAUAAUUCAUUUGGAGUUUUACAAACAUGUCUUGAAAAAUACCCUCAUAUGAAUGUUAAAGAUAAAAACGGCAAAACUCCUUUAGAUAUUGCCAAAGAAAAAGGAAAUCAAGAAAUUAUUGAUGUCCUCAAUUCUUACACAGAUCCAACAGAAAUCAAUAAAGAUGGUGCUGAACUUGAGGAUAUAUAA